AUGCUGCUCCUCGUGGGCGUCUGCGCUUACUGGGGUGUGAAGAGAAGGAAGACGAGGAAGCUGAAGCAGAAGUACUUCCUGCAGAAUGGAGGAUUGCUGUUGCAGCAACAGAUAUCGUCGCGGCAGGCAGCGGCCAGGAUAUUUAGCUCGGAAGAGCUGGAGAGCGCAACCGAGAACUUCAACGAGACUCGAGUCCUCGGGCACGGGGGAUACGGUACGGUGUUCAGAGGGGUCCUAUCCGACGGAAGAGUGGUGGCGAUCAAGAAGUCCAAACUGGUCGACCAAAGCCAAAUCGAGCAGUUCAUCAACGAGGUAGUCAUCCUUUCCCAGAUCAACCACAAGAACGUCGUCAAGCUCCUGGGUUGCUGUUUGGAGACACAGGUGCCGCUGCUGGUGUACGAGUACAUAUCCAACGGAACCCUCUCGCAUCACGUCCAUGGCUCCAGGGUUCCGAUGUCGUGGGAGAACCGGUUGAGGAUCGCCGUGGAAACGGCAGGAGCACUUGCGUACUUGCACUCGGCGUCGGCGAAACCUAUCAUUCACAGGGACGUCAAGUCAGCGAACAUACUUUUGGACGAGGAUUACACGGCAAAGGUGUCGGACUUUGGAGCGUCAAGGUUGAUCCCCUACGACCAGACUCAUCUGACGACGUUGGUGCAGGGGACCCUCGGGUACCUCGACCCGGAGUACUUCCGGACGAGCAUCUUGACGGAGAAGAGCGAUGUGUAUAGCUUUGGUGUGGUUCUGAUGGAGCUGUUGAUGCGAGAGAAGCCCAUAUCACCUGGGAGGCCGGAAGAAGAGAGAAAUUUGGCCUUCCGUUUUGUUACGUUGUUGGAAGAGAAGAGGCUCCUUAGCGUGGUGGACCGUCGAACGGUGGAGGAGGCAGGCCCACGAUGA